CGGGAAAACUCAUAUUAGUUUUAGAAAGAAGGAAAAUUAGUGACAUAACGCAUUUCAGUUUGUUAUAAUAAAAUUCAACAUUGAGACUAUCGUGUGUGAACUUUAAACCAUGUAUCGAAAAAGUGUGUUUUAUGUUUGUCUCAUUAUUUGGUUUUCAAAAUCAAAAGGACAAAAUGAUUAUUUUGUAACUAAAAAAUAUUACGACAAUAAUGUUUACUGCGUAACCAAUAGUUCUUUCGCAUUAAGUUGGGUAAAAGAACCCAUAAAAGAAACGCUUUAUUCAGGUUCACGUUCGCAAUUUAUUCCGUCCACAUCCAACAAUAAUUUUGAUUGUACAAUCGAAAAAAACGAUAGAAAUACUUUUGAUUUCAUAAAACCGCCUUGGAUGGUAAAAAACUCUCUGGAAGCAAAUUUUAAUAAAGUUGUUUUAGAUGAAAGAUGGGAAGAAAUAAAUAUAGAAAUGACGGAAGAAACUAGACAGAAGAAAAGUAAACUUUUAAAAUAUAUUCCAGUUUUAGAAAUAAAUAAUACAAAUUUUGAAAUUCCACUAUCUAUUCGUAUUAAACAAGAAGCUCACAUAUUUCUAUGCGAUGGAGAAAAUCCUCCAKAUUCAAAUUGUUACUGGCUUAUGUUGCAAGCRUGGAGUGGAYACACUACAGCACUACGAAAAUGUUCAGUUGAGGACAUACCCAGUGAGAAAGAAAAAUAUCCUCAGAAAAAAUCCUGUAAAGACCCAAAAUUGUCUAUUAAGGUUUAUGUUAUUUURAUUUUAUUAACCAAUUAACCCUGACACUYYAAUAUKAUACUAUUUUAUAGCAUCKAASAGUUCCUCYUUACCUUUUCGCAAACAAAUGGAGCCACUUUAAACUUAAGAAAYAAGAAAACAAAAUAACAUUCACACAAAUUAAGCGACAUGCUUCUGAAGAAAUCUUCAACUGGGAAGAUAAAGAAGAAAAUAUAAACGUGAAACACAUGAUUAUACACAG